UAAAACAAAACCAUUACACAAAUUAAGAAAUUUGAUAGUAAAUAAAGCAAAGCUCACAAGAAUCAACCAACCAAAAACCCACGUUCUCCUCUUACUUCUGGUCAAAGUUUUACUCAAAAAAGCACCACUGACACUGCUACCACUGCCUCAAAGACCAACCCUUUACAGUUCAACUUCAACAUCUGGACCAAUCAAAACAGAUUCUCACACCACCACCAUUGUUUUUUUCUUCUUAUCAUUAUCAUCAUCAUACCUUUUUUUAUUUCAACUCUUCAAAAUCAGGGUCAUUGUGACUUGAGUCUGUUCAAUCAUUGACUGUAACUAAACUCCCCAAAGUUCAGACCUUUUUCCUGUUCUUAUCCUAUUGUUGCUGAAAUUUUUUCAUGGGGUGUUCGAGAAUCUCGUGUUUAUAGCUUCAUCAUAACGCAUGCUCCAUUAUCUUUUGGUUUCUCGUGCUUCUUGUUGGUGCUUUUUUAGUGUCUAGAAGCUUCUAUUUGGUUGGCUCACUUUUCAAUGAACUGGGGUUGCUUCAAAAUUUUGUCUUGUUUAGAUUAAACGAACAGCAGAUUUUUGUCCAAAAAAAAAAAAGAACAGCAGAUUCAGUGAUUGUUUCUGUUACUGUUCGAUCCGUGUCUUGUGUUUGGUACAAGAAUGAUUGUUUCUAAAAGAGAAGAGCAGAUUAUGUUGCCUUCAGAAGGUGCAAGUGAGGUUUCAAAGUCAACUUCAUUGGAUUUGAACCCAGAUUCCCUUGAUGGAUCCACACCUGGUUCCACUGAUUACACUGAUGUAGGGGUUGUGCCAGAGCACCAGAAGGAUGAGCUUGAGCACUUGAUAUCAAAUUUAGAGAGGGAGGUUGAGCAGCUGAGGCUCAAUCAGAGGAUAGUGGAUGAUAAGAGGAGAGAAGCAUUGAGUAAGAUAUUGGAUAUCAAAGGAAGCAUUCGAGUAUUUUGUAGAAUUCGACCAAUUUUGAUACCGGAUAAGAGGAAAAUCUCUGAACCAGUAUCAGCUGGAUCAGAGAGAAUUCGGGUUAAGUUGGGAGGAACAAGGAAAGAUUUUGAGUUUGAUAAGGUUUUUCCUCAAGAAUCAAGCCAAGAAAAUGUUUUUGUUGAGGUUGAGCCAAUUCUAAGAUCUGCAAUGGACGGACACAAUGUGUGUGUUUUUGCUUACGGUCAAACGGGCACAGGCAAGACAUUCACCAUGGUUAGUCUAGUCAAUUCUAAUUUGACAUCAGAAAACAAUGAGACCUCACGAAAAAGAAAACCAAGACAUUUAAGAAUUCAUGUUACUUUUUAAGGAAAACAGCACUUA